AUGGCUCUGGUGGGAGAAGCAGUUGGUGAUGAAUACACGCAGGAUGGGACAGUGAACCUGAAAGGGAAACCAGUCCGUAGAUCCAAGAGUGGCGGAUGGACUGCUUGCUGGUUUAUUGUUGUGUACGAAGUGUUUGAACGCAUGGCGUAUUAUGGAAUAUCCUCCAAUCUGAUUUUGUAUUUAACAAAGAAGCUCCAUGAGGGCACCGUCUCCGCUGCUAACAAUGUCACCAAUUGGGUUGGAACCAUUUGGUUGACUCCAAUCUUGGGUGCCUACGUGGCUGAUGCUCAUCUUGGCCGUUACUGGACCUUUAUCAUUGCCUGCAUCAUUUAUUUCUUAGGAAUGUCACUGAUCACAUUGGCCGUUUCACUCCCUAGCUUAAAACCGCCUGGCUGCUCAAAGACAGAUAUCGAGAACUGUAAGAAGGCCUCGACAUUACAACUAGCCGUAUUUUAUGGUGCACUCUAUACCUUAGCUGUCGGAACAGGUGGAACCAAGCCAAACAUCUCCACCAUGGGGGCAGACCAAUUUGACGAUUUUGACCCCAAAGAGAAGGCUCACAAGCUGUCCUUCUUCAAUUGGUGGUAUUUCAGCGUCUUCAUCGGGACACUCUUUGCCAAUACAUUUCUUGUUUGGGUACAAGACAAUGUAGGAUGGACUUUAGGAUAUGCUCUUCCCACUCUUGGACUUGUAAUAUCCAUUUCCAUCUUCUUGGCAGGCACACCCUUCUAUAGACACAAAGUGCCCGCAGGCAGCCCCUUCACGAGGAUGGCAAAGGUCAUUGUGGCUGCUAUAAGGAAAUGGAGGGUGCGUAUCCCUAAUAAUCCCAAAGAGCUCUAUGAGCUUGACUUGGAAGAGUAUGCAAAGAAAGGAAAGUUCAGAAUUGAUUCCACACCCACCUUGAAGUUCCUUACCAAAGCAUCUGUGAAAACAGGCUCGACUAAUCCAUGGAUGUUGUGCUCAGUUACACAAGUAGAGGAGACAAAACAAAUGUUACGAGUGAUCCCAAUCUGGGUUUCCAUGUUUGUACCAAGCGCAAUGAUCGCCCAGACCAAUACUCUCUUCGUCAAGCAAGACUUCGUCGAGAAGUUUGACGACAUCUCGCCAGAGGAGCCGGUCGAGGAUAAAUCCAGGUACCUGAGACUCCACAACACGUCGUCAGGGACUUUCCCAGAUCGAGAGGAGGUUGUGAGUGAAGUUGAGGACUUGGAGAUUGGUGAGGUUGAAAAUGGAGGGGAUUGUACUUUGUGGGUUGUUGAAUCUCUGGUUAUUCAGGUGGAUUUUGAGUGGUUUUGUUUCGUUUAUGAUGUUUUUCUUAUUAGAGUUACUUCGUAA